GAGUUUUUGGUUUCCAUGUUUCUAUUUGGCGACCACAUGGUUUUUUCGGUUACUAUGGUUUCGCUUUUUCUAUUUUGAUUUUGUUUCUCUCUCGUUUGUUUGACUCUUUUUUUUCUUUGGUGAUUUUGAUUUGAUUCCAAUUUAAGUUAAUCAUGAUUAAGGCGAAAUGGUGGAAUAAACGAAAACCAGGAUAUGCUGGUGGAUCUAAACCUUUGCUGAAAAAACGGAGGAUCUUCAAUGAAGAAAAUGGUUCCGAGAUUACUAAGAAGAAAUUAAUUGUUGUCAAUGAUUCUAAUCCUGAUGAUUCUGUCGUUGAGGUGAGAGAUGCAAUUGGCCUUGAAGAUGAAGAGGAAAUUUUCAAUCCAGUCAACGAGUUACUAUCGAUUUUUCAGGUAGCGGGUAGAAAAUCUGCUGUUAAGUCGAUAACAAAGUCCAGUUGUAUCGAACCUAAAGAUGACGAAAAUACUGGCGAACCAGAAUCGGCCAGCGAAAAGGCCAAAAAAGAUGGUAGAUUUCAAUACAAUUCUGAUGAAAGUGAUGAAGAUUCUGAGUAUUUUGAAGCGACAGAAAUACCAAUCAAUGUAGAGAAUACAUUUGAUCGCCAUUUUGAGGCCGAUAAAACUCAUUGGGCUUUGAAAUAUUCCUCGCUAAUGGUUAAAUCAAUCGAUAUCAAUCUACCUAAUCUCGGUUCGGGUUUAUAUGAGUAUCGAUGUACCGAUGAAGAAAAAGAAACAACCAAAGAGAUUAAGAUGAAAAAAAGUCUAAUGGAAUUUGAUUUAAAACAAUCUCUUCUUGACAAUUUACCGAAAGCAUUGGCUAACAUAAUGGACGACGAUGAUUCUUUACCAAAAUUAAAUGGCCUACAAUUCGAGAUACUCUCAAUUCUACAUGAUUACAAAGAUAUUCUUUUCUGUGAGAGAAAUUCAACCAAUGGUGAACAAAUUAGACUUCUUUAUACUCUCCAUGGUCUUAAUCAUAUUCUCAAAACAAGGAACAAAGUCCUUCAUCAUAAUGCCAAAUUAGCGAAAGCAAAUAAAAAGAAAGACUCUGAUUAUCGAGAUCAUGGAUUAACCCGACCCAAAGUGUUGAUUGUUGUUCCUUUCAGGGAAAGUGCCUAUCGAACCAUUGAAUGUCUCAUCAAUUUGGUCUCUAGUGAUGAAGAUAAGGAGAGACUCAGUAUAAUGAAUCACAAGAGAUUCAAGGAAGAGUUUGAAUCAACCGAAUCGCAAAUUCAACCAGGAAAACCAGCAGAUUACAAUGACCUUUUCACCGGAAAUAUUGACGAUUCUUUCAGAAUUGGAAUCGCCGUGACGAGGAAAAGUCUCAAAUUAUAUGCUGACUUUUAUUCUUGUGAUAUAAUCAUUGCCUCUCCACUUGGUUUACGAUUAAUUAUCGGUGCCGAAGGGGAAAAGGAAAGAGAUUAUGAUUUUCUUUCUUCCAUCGAAUUUCUUGUUCUCGAUCAAGCCGAUGUUUUCCUCAUGCAAAACUGGGAACAUAUCAUUGAUCUAAUGAAACAUCUUCACCUUCAACCCAACGAUUCUCAUGGAACUGAUUUCUCUCGUGUUCGUAUGUGGGCUUUAGAAGGACAUUAUAAGUUUUAUCGACAAACGGCCAUUUUCAGUUCGACCAGUUGUCCACAGAUUAAUUCACUAUUUAAGAAUCGAUGUUUCAAUUACGAAGGUCGGUUAACAUUUAGACAACCGAUUACAUCGAGCAAAGAUCAACUUCACCUUGUUUUCGUCUCGUGUCCCCAAUCAUUUUAUCGUUUCGAGUCUCAGUCAAUUGUCUCCUCACCUGAUCAACGUUUCGAUUAUUUUACCAAAGUGAUUCUGCCCAAAUGUCGGGAAAUCGGCGAGACUCAUACUCUUAUUUAUAUUCCUUCGUAUUUUGAUUUUGUUAAAUUGAGAAACUAUUUCCGAAUGGAAGAUAUUAAUUUCACCCAAAUUUGUGAAUACACGAAAAAGGGUAAAAUCGCCCAAUCUCGAGCUUGGUUUUUCCAUGAAGGGCGAAAUUUUCUUCUCUACACCGAAAGAAGUCACUUUUAUAAUCGUUUCAGAAUAAAAGGAAUUCGACAUUUAGUUUUCUACCAAUUGCCAACUUAUCCUCAUUUCUAUUCCGAGUUGGUUAAUCUUCUUCAUCCAAGUUAUCAAGGUAAAAAAUUCGUCGGCGAUGAAACCAUGAUGAAUUGUACAAUUCUAUUCGAUAAAUUUGAUUUAAUCCAAUUGGAGAAAAUUGUUGGAACUGAGAAAGCUGCUUAUCUAAUUAAAUCAGAAACCGACAAUCAUGUUUUCAUCAGCCAGGCAAGGAAAACAAUAACAAGUUAAUCAUAAUUAUAUUUAUCCAAUAAUUUGUGUUUCAGUCAAUUUAUUUUUACCAUUUUGUAAACUUUUUGUUAUUGACUAAUUAUUUGAAUUGAUUUAAUUGUGGUGACCACAAUUGAAAUCAAGUCAACUCUUUAUGUUAUUUGAUGUUGAUCUUUACAAGGAAAUGAUAAUAACAAAAAUAUUGAUAAAAACGA